AUGGGCUAUAUCCAGGAGAUAUGUGGUUUAGCUAGUGAGGACUAUAUUCUAAGCCUCUCGACUUCUCUUGAUCAAGGCCCCUUUAAAUCCGAGGACGAUUUCAACAAGGUCUUUGUUGAUACCUAUCAAAAAAUAGGGCCAAAACGUCAUAUUGGAAGUUUUCUUGAUGGGAUGCUUCCUGGAUCCCACUGUAUUCUCUUUGCAUAUGGCGAUCUCCGGCCUCAGAAUAUUAUGAUUAAAGGUGGUAAUGUGGCGGCUAUUAUCGACUAG